UCGGCACCCACUGUACCCACAGUACAGUGUUCGUGUUUGGUUGUUUGCGUUGCCGUUCCCUACCUAUUCAAAACAUCGUUUCGCACAAGUCACCUACCAAUGUCGGACAACUCGUUUAGUUGACAAGCAUAAGUCGCAUUCACUCUUAGUGGGCACAGCCCGAGAUCCCCGUCCAUCCUGUCGCUGGCAAGACCACCACUCCCUCGCAGGUAGAUCUCUCACUGGAUCGAGAAGAUGACAUAGAAAGCCUACCUUAUGCAAGCAUCGACUGCCUUGCCCCUUGCCUGGCCAACCAGCGUUCCGACCGGCUUCACCAGACCCUCAAUGCCCAAUACCUUUAAUAACUUAAUUCCUUCCAAACAAUGGACGAGUACACCACCGACGUCUUCAACCCCGGAAGGGAGAUGGCUGAACAUGAGGCUCCCGAACCACAACCGGCGACUUCAUCGCCGACACCGUCACAGAAAUCACAGACGCCAUCACGAGACCCCGACGCGAGCGACUGGUCACUCCUAACUGGGCGCAAAGGGCUGCGAGACCGUGUCGCAUCGCUAGGUAGAACCACUCUCCAGGACCGCCUGGUUGAAAAACUCCUACAGCAAGUUAUACCCGAAUCCGAGGGCGUCAUGUCAGCCGGCGACGAUGUCCUCUCUCGGGGGGCUCCCCAGGACAAAGCGCCCAAUCCCACCGAGCGGCCCAACUUCAACCUCACCACCAUGUCCAACAACUUCCGCCGAUUCAACGCUCGCAUCGGAGUCGUCUUCCAGUUCCAAGACCGCGUCGUCCGUCUCCUCACCUGGGACCACCCCACCUGUACUCUUUCCAUCCUCUCCAUCUAUACUUUUGUCUGCCUGGACCCGUACCUUCUCGCCGCCCUGCCUCCUGCCGCCCUCCUCCUCGCCGUCCUGAUACCGGCGUUCCUAGCACGCCACCCGGCCCCGCCCAAAGGCACCCUCUCCUCCGAGCAGUCCAUGGGCUACUCCCCGCGGGGACCACCCCUCGCACCGGCCCCAACCGUCCGGCCGGCCAAGGAACUAUCCAAGGACUUUUUUCACAACAUCCGCGACCUGCAGAACGUCAUGGACGACUUCUCCAACCUCCACGACAGCGUCGUCGCCCUCCUCCAACCCCUCACCAACUUCUCCGACGAAUCCCUCUCCUCCGCCCUCUUCCUCGGCCUCACCCUCGCCGUCCUGCUCCUCACCAUCACCGCCUCGCUCAUCCCCUGGCGCCUCCUCUUCCUCGCCGCAGGCUGGUUCGUCUUCCUGAGCUCCCACCCAGCGCUCUCCCCCUCCCUCGCCCGCGCCCACAAAGCCCACGUCGCCCCGCACCAGCGCCACGCCGCCGCCCGCCUCCGCGCCUUCGCCGCCUCCGACGUCAUCCUCGACUCCGCCCCGGAGACCCGCGAGGUCGAGAUCUUCGAGCUCCAGCGCGCCAGCGCCACCUCCGCCGAGUGGGAGCCCUGGCUCUUCUCCCCGUCCCCGUACGACCCCUUGUCCGCCCCGCGCAUCGCUGGCCAGCGGCCCCGCGGCACCCGCUUCUUCGAGGACGUCCUGCCCCCUGACGGCUGGGAAUGGAGCGAGAAGAAGUGGGCUCUCGACCUCUGGAGCCGCGAGUGGGUGGAAGAGCGCAUCAUCACCGGUGUCGAGGUGGAGACCGAGGGCGAGCGCUGGGUCUACGACAUGUACGACGAGCGGGAGGCCCAGGCGGGUCUGGCCGGGGAUCAUAACGGGGGAGGGGUUGGUGAGGGUCGCGCCGGGGUCGUGGACUUUUCUAGGAUAAGUGCGUCCAUGGCGGGCAGCGUCAGAGGUGCUGGGAGGAAGGGGAAGACGGCGAAGGCAGGCGCGGAGAGUGGCGGCGUCGGCGAUGGGUGA